UUGCUAGAUAGUGCAAAGAGUGCGGAGACGUGGAGUUUGUUCUCCUUACACAUAAUAAAAUAAAUCAUAAAACUAAUCAUAACACAUAUAAAUACUGCCUGGCCAGGCAACAAACACAGUAUAAACGCAUUCAUACAACUGUACAGUUGCUGUCUUUCAAUUUUAUCAAUCAGAAUUUAACUUUAAAAAUGUCUCAGAAUUAUCGUUUCACCGUGAAUGGCGGGCAUUUUACUGACGAACAGCGAGAUUUCUACGAAACUAAUGGAUACAUUGUCUUCCGAAAUCUUAUACCCGAAAAAGACCUGCAGGAAUUCACGCAAAGAUUUUUAGAAAUAUGCCGUGGACAUGUUAAAGUCUACGGGUUAACUAUCAUGAAAGACAAGGGCAUUCAGAAAACUGAUAAAUCCGAAGAAGAAUAUCAAAUAUUUAAGAUUCAAGACUUUACAUUUGACGACUUUUUGUUUGAGAAAUACGCGAGAAACAAAGAUCUUGUCAAUGUAGUGACCAGCAUUGUUGGACCUAAUGUAACAACAAUUAAUACAAUGAUAAUCAACAAACCACCAAAUUCCACGGAUGUUUUUGCAAUUCAUCCAACUCAUCAAGAUUUGUUUUAUUUCCCGUUUAGACCAGCGGAUUCCGUUUGUGCUUCAUGGACAGCAAUGGAAAAAUGCACAAAACAAAAUGGCUGCUUGUUUGUCGUUCCCGGUUCACACCGUAAUCAAUUGCUGCCACAUGUGUAUCUGAGUAAAACAAAGAACAAGUCAUACCAAGGCAUUGAGAAUGUUCAAGAACGUUCGAAACUCUACCUGGACAUGGAAGCAGGUGACACCGUCUUCUUCCAUCCGCUCCUUCUGCACGGUUCCGGCCCUAAUAUGACGCAGGGCUUUCGGAAGGCAAUUUCGGCCCACUUUAUUGACAGCAAUUGCUUCUUUAUUGACGUGCGCGGCUCGCUGCAGGAGGCAAUCGAACGCGAAGUCGAGGAGAUUUACGCCAAGAAGGGCAUCAUUGCGAAAUAUUCGGAUAUUUGGAAAUACAAGUCAAGAUUGGUCACAGGUCGUCCUGGUAACUUCCAAACACUGGCAAGUGUUUUAUAAGACAUUUAUAACCACAAUAAGAUAAUGGUUAUUAAAAUUAUUGAUAUAAAUUAACAUUAAUCAUUAA